UUUUAACUGUCAUAUUUUGCUUGCAGCACACAUGCAUAUGUGGGGGUCGUGUAUCUUAGUGAGUGUUUUAUUUUUGUUUCAGGCUGUGUUUGAGGAAAACAUGGCAGCAUGUGCACCGCUGCUGCAUAAGCACUUGGCACCUGUGCUGAAGAAGGACACCAUGUACUUGAUUUUUCAAGUUGAAGAACAACAAAAAAGAGGCAAUGCUAAGGCAUCGGAAGAAGCACUGAUGCCACUUCUGUGUGCCUACUUUAAGGAAAAUGAAAGGCAGCUUUUCCAAGUUUUUGAAGAAGGAACAAGCAUAACGGAAAAGCUGGAAGAGCUGCCUCUCACACCUACUGUCAUCGCACUGGGUAGCAUUUUCAGCAAGCAAUGCUUUGUGACAUGCGACCACGAGGUCCUCUUCUCGCAAGCGUUGAGCUUCACGGAAGCAACUUGCCUGAUGUUUUUGUGCUAUUAUGUGUUUAAUAUCACAUAUGCCGAGGAGGGUUCAACCACACUAGAGUUUCUCCAAAGGCUGCUAUUUCACAUACAACCUUCAACGGGCACGAAAGCACAAGGGAAGAAGUCUCGGACAAGUGUACAUAACAAGAUUAUGUCAUUAGCCCGGAAGCUGCAAGUGAAAUGUUGAAGCUGUAAUGAAGCUUCCGGAAUCCUUCUAGUCCUGCAGUUUUUUUCUCUUUUUUCUUCAUCUAUUUUUUGUAAUAAAUAUAACUUUUGUUCAGACCAGCAGUUGGUUGAUGGGUUGGGUUCACAUGAAGCUGCGCAAGUAUGCUUUAUGUAUGCCAUUGACAGCCCAAGUAUACAACACAAUGACAUGACGAAAGUAAAGCAGUGGAUGCAAGAAGGGAACAUGCGAACACUGUUUUUACAUGGUUUCAGUCUAUAUAAAUCUUUAUGUUCGGGAGGAAAACCAUUUGGUCAUUAUGAACCAUUGAAUAAUUUCUGUACUUCGCGCUAUGAUAGUUGGUUUGCAAUAAUUUGUUUUAUGUAAAACUUGAAAUGAAACAGGAAAGAGUAUGGAUGAUGCUGUUUCCUGUAUUAUAUGAU